AUCGGACAGUUUGCCUGCUGAACUCCUCGUCAGCUAGGGGACUACAGUACAGACGAUUCCGGGCAACUCCUCGGUUCAGUUACCACCCAGUCACGCUCUCUCUGCUCUGUGUUACUUGGAGUUAACGCAACGGAAUCGGGUAUUGGAGCAUGCCAUUGCCAAUAACCUAAUUUCUGAAGCUAUCUACAGACCGAGUCGUCGACCUAUAUUGAACUACUACAGAAAAAAAUGAGACAGAGGCGUCAAUAAUUUCUAAAAUUCCUACAAAGCUUUGCCAACUAGCAGAGCAACAACAGAAAGCUUUGUUGAGAAGGAGUUUGAAACCUGGAAUCUGAAACUUGGCCUAUAGCCUAGGGUAACAAACUGCGUGAGAGACAUUGUUCUUACUUUUUCGGAAUUUAACAUUUUUAAAUUUUGAAAAAAAAAAGUUGACAAUAACAAACUUCGUAUAUUCUCUUAAAUGUGAAUUUCUUAUGAACUAGGAGUGUAUGGGAACGUUGCAAUAACUUCAAGAAAAUACAAGACUGAACGACGCAAAGAGACCUUGGGCCAACAUUAAGGAGUGGAAUGUUUGUCCACAUGUAGACGAAUUUAGAAAAAACGUACUUUGGGUAUGUGACAUUAAUCAUAGCAACUUCUGUGUAACACGGUAAUACUGUGAAUUCAGGAUGGAAACAUAGCAGUGUUGGGUUCCUUAGAAACACGGAAAGGUGAAUAGGGGAAUUUCCAGAAUCUGAAGCUCUCAGAAUUGGGGCGGCAAAACACCUGUCCAUCACUGUACUGCAUCGUCUGCUUCAUUCUCACGGUCGUCUGCUUGUUGGGAACGCCAUCCAAUAUGGCGUCUGAGAAAGGCAUGUCGAGCCUUAAAAAUGGAGGGCAAAAACAUGCAGACGUGAAAGAAGAAGAGAGCGGGAAUGUCAGUGACAGUGGCAGCGAGUGCUCUUGUUCUACGGACGGUUCCCAAGGAAAUAUGCGUUCCAGUCGGAAACGUAAGCGUGGAGAGAGCGUUGACAGCGUCACAGGACCGGCCCCAGUCAGGCAACGCCAAGCCGCGAACGCGCGCGAGAGAGACCGCACGCACAGCGUGAACAGUGCGUUUGUGACACUACGGACCUUAAUACCCACAGAACCAGCCGAUCGAAAAUUAUCCAAAAUAGAAACUCUUCGACUGGCCACAAGUUAUAUUUCCCACCUCUACACCGUAUUGACCGUUGGCAUGGACAUAACUGAACAGCCGUGUCUGAAACACCAGGCGCUGAUGUCGCACCCCGUUGACACUGGCUCUCCAAGGCCCGUGUGUACUUUCUGUCUCAGCGCCUCCAAGCUCAAAAAUUUACGCCAAGAAAAAAGUUGCAUGUACAAAGGAGGAGCAGAUUACAGAUACCGCGUAGGUAUGUGAGGAAAUACCACAUACAAGUAGUGCAGGCGGACGAAUAAAAGCGGAAGUCACACUGCCUCGAUAUGAAACCAAGCCAGCACCACGUCACGUGGUAUCCUGAACCAAGGCGCCACAUCCUAUUCAUGAAUGCCUGUGUACCACCAAAGAAAAAUUAGUUAAACUUUGGCACGAUUUAUAGAAUAUGAACCUAUGAAAUGGAAGACUUUCACAUGGAACUGGCUCACUAUCCCUGUCUUAUUCAAAAUAUGACUAGGAAAAAAAUGCAGUAAUUUUGGAAGGAAGUUCGUGCAAUUUCAAUAGUAUAUGUGCUAUUGUCUUGACGUUGCUCCUGUUCUGGAUAAUUUCAACCAUAACUCAGAUAAUUUAUGGUCGGGUUCAUUUUGAAUGCAUGGUUCUGAUAUUUGUGUAAAUAGCCAAGGCUAUUAUUAUCAUUCGUGCCUUAACUUCAAAAAGUUUGCAACAUAGACGAUGGUGCAAGGCGUUAAGAGGAUAUUCGCUGCACAUUAUUCAUCACGUUACAUUCGAGCAUCAGUGGAAAAAUAUGCAGAUUUAUCGAAUUAAUAUCGAUGUAAUCAAGACAAUGUUUUCAAAUCAACAAGACGGGGAGGGAAGUGAGACACGUGCCACUAAAGUGUGCAAUAAAACAACGCCCGUAAAUCGAGGAUUCGUCAAUGGGGAAUCCAUAGGAUUAUUUAGCAAUUAUUGCCGCUUAUGUUGUAUGAUAUUGCAUUCAUUCAAACCAAGACGUGUUGUGUAAUUAUUUCAUUAAAAAUGUUUAAUCUUCAUGUUAAUAAUAAAUUGGUGCAUUAGAAAGAUGAAUUAUGCACCCACAAGAAGAAAAUUAUCAAAAUGCGAAUUACAUAUUUAAUAUGGGUUGAAACCUUUGAGAUUGUUUGAAAAAUAAUUGUAAAAUAAACAUGUAGAUAUAGAUGACGGACGAAGUUGCUUACUUCAUCAUAAGAAAUCCUCAAGUUUUAAAAAUUAUUGGCUAAAAUUGCAAGGUACAAAUAUAUGAUCUGUCUUGCAAAGGUUUGUUUCUCAAAGAAUGUAAAAGACCGCUUACCUCGUUUUAUCUGUCUAAA